UGUCUCUCUCUCUUUCUGUCCAUCUGUCUGUCUCUGUCCGUCGUCGAAUUCGCUCGCUCAAAGGUACGUCAAAAUUGAGUGGCGCGUUUACCCUGCUCUGCUGUUAUUCGAGCGCAACGCUUUCGAAUCUUCUUCAUUUUUUCGAUACGGGGCCAGGCGUGAAAGGAUCCGUGAAAAAUCCGAGAAAUUGAGUUCUAUUAACUUCUUUCUCCUCGUCGAUUUAUAUAUAUUUUUUUUUUUCUCGCGAGCUUCGCUCGAUAUUUCAAUUCGACGAUUGAAAUAUUUAACAAUAUUUAGUGAUCGAUUAAAUGUGGUGCAAGUGUUUCUGGAUUAAUUUUUUUUUAAGAUUUUAAAAUUCAAACAUCGAUACGUACAUUUUGUUAAAGCGUGAUUAUUUUUAAUCGCAAUGAAAUCCAAUCCUGUUUAAAAAAGCAGUGAUAUACAAUGGUGUAUACAUUGUAUUUUUGAUCAAUUUUUUGAAAGUUUUGAAAUAGAAAUUUAACGAAACGUUAACAUUAAAUGAAACAAUGCUCGAAAAAUAUAAUGCAUCUCAUCGUUCUUUCACCGAUCCACAAAAUUUCUCGUCUCGAUUCUUAUUCCAUUAUCGAUCGUAAAAUGAAAUUUUACAAGAAAAAUAAAAUACACGCGUAAAAGUAUAUAUUUCUCGAUCCAAUUUCCCAACCCAACUUCCAAAUCGACUUUGCAAUCGCUCUCGAACAUCAUCCAUCCAUUACAAUCAAUCCUUUUCCCGCCAUUUUUCAACUUUUUACUAUUUUUUUCUUUUAUUUCCAUAUCCAUUCGAAGAUUUUACAAACUUACUGAAUCUCGUCCCGUUGAUCGAAACGAUUCGAUUACGCGACGUAAUAAUACGCGUAGUCAGAUGGAGAGAGAGGGAAGAGGAAGGGGGAGGGGGGAGAGAACCCAGCUGAUCGGUUGAAUCAGUUAUUACGCGAAUACGUCUCCGCUUGUUCCGUGUCGCCGGUGAUUAUGUUACGCGCGAGGAAAUUCGAUUUUCGCGCCGGUGGAGCGUGCAAUUUCACUAGAAGUGAUGGGGAAACGAGUGGGAGUGGGAGUGGGGAGGGGAUGGGGAGAGGAGGAGGGGGGAGAGAGAGAGAGCUCGUCAGAGCCUAAAGACGGACGGUGCACGCGUCAGUAAUUUUUAGUUACUUUUUCGUUUCUCGUUUUUCCUUUUAAUUUAAUACUCUAUGACUUUUCGUCGCAAUUAUUUCGACGAGUAAAUUUCAAUCGUUCGCAAUCUUUCGGAAGAUUUCAUCUCUAUGUUAAUAAUUCGACGUGUUUUUCUUUUUUCUCUUUUUAUCGAGGAAUUUAUCGAGAAGGAAAUCUUGCUUUCGUUUUCCCAAUUUGAUGUUAUUUCUAAGAGUGAGGUUAAGUCUAAAGGAGGAACUGCAUGCACGCGUCGGAGUAGCCUCUGAGCAUGGAGUAGCGUCGCCCCAUAGAGGCUUUCGAUCGCUGCACGCAAAGAGGAAGGAACGCAAGAUCGAGAUGGAUAAAUACAGCGUCGAAUUCCCGAAACACGAGUGGAGCCAUCGACUCAGCCUUCGUAGCAGUCGAAGAAGUCACCAGGGCGAGGUGGCGGCCAGAUCCGUGGCCGGAUCCGUGAGAAGCACGAGGAGAUGGGCGAGCCUUCGACAACACGUGGCAGCUAACGAAGGCGGGAAGCCGAGGGUCGAGUUGCUCCUCGAUCCACCCGGAUCCAAGCCCUCGACCCCGUCCUCCCCCCAGCCGCACACCCCCAACACCCCGCGAACGCCCCACACGCCCUCGAGGAAGUCCAAUUGGGAGGUGAUCGAACACUUCACCGGCGCCCCACGUCCCUCCAUCGUGACGAUGAACAGGGGGUCGGAGGUCGGGAUAGGCAUCACCAGCGAAAAGGAAAUGAUAAAGAAGUGCAUCGACACGUCGAUGACCCAACCACCGAGGAAGUGCGCGCUUUGCCGUUUCUUGAAGUCGCUCUGCGCCUCCCAUCAUUUCAAGAAUUUACAGGUGGAGAUGCUAUAUCAACGAUACUUUCUACGAAUGAACCAGAGCAACAUGACGCACGUUCUUGGCCUAUUGGCGGGACUGGCUCUCGCUCUAGGCGUGCUACUGCUCCUCAAAUUGUUUCUCGAUGGCAACCAACGAUUUUUCGAUACUUUGGAAAGACCGGAAAACUUAUUUCUAGCGAUAACGUUGAUCACUUGUGUCGCCAUCUACGCCGCACUGGUCGCGGCUAUAUCCAGGCCGGGGAUGAACGAGAUCUGGUUGGCGGGGGUGAGCGGGAUAGUGCUGGUCACGUUGCUCGCGCUCCAAGUGUCGCUCAACGUGCAUCUGGCGCUCGGGUCGAAGGAGCAUCGCAGCGGGGGCCCGCUGGCCGCGGCCUGGGCCGUUUGCUUCUUCAUCUACAUGGCGUACGCGCUUCUCCCUAUAAGGCUGCGCCACGCGUGCAUCGCAGGCCUAGUUUUCUCCGUGGCGCACCUGAUCGGAGCCUUCGUCCUCUACCCUUCCUACUAUCCGGCCAUGAUGGAACACUUGUUAAGCUCCAUUGUGGUGGUCGGUGGGACGAACAUGGCCGGGGUGUUGACGCAUCAUCCUCGAGAACUGGCGCAAAGACAAGCCUUCCUCGAGACUAGACAAUGCGUCGAGGCUCGACUAACCACGCAGAGAGAAAAUCAGCAACAGGAAAGGCUUCUAUUGAGCGUGCUGCCGCGCCACGUAGCCAUGGAGAUGAAAGCUGACAUCGCGGGGAAGCCAAAGGAUACCAUGUUUCACAAAAUUUACAUUCAGAGGCACGAGAACGUCAGCAUUCUGUUCGCCGACAUUUGUGGAUUCACUUCCUUGUCGGAUCAAUGCACUGCCGAGGAGGUUGUCAAACUAUUGAACAAAUUAUUCGCCUGCUUCGACACAUUGGCAGCCGAGCACCAUUGUCUACGAAUCAAAUUACUCGGUGACUGCUAUUAUUGCGUCUCCGGACUUCCUGAACCGAGGCCAGAUCACGCGCGUUGUUGCGUGGAAAUGGGUUUGGACAUGAUUAGCGCCAUUACGCUGUAUCGAGAGGUGGGUGCAGUGAACGUGAACAUGAGAGUGGGAAUACAUACUGGAAGGGUUCAUUGCGGGGUUCUUGGCUUGAGGAAAUGGCAAUUCGACGUUUGGAGCAACGACGUCACCCUGGCCAACUAUAUGGAGAGCGGAGGGAUACCGGGACGAGUCCACAUCACGAAAGAGACCCUGGACUGUCUGGAUGGUUUCUACGAGGUGGAAGAGGGUCACGGGGGUGAGAGGAAUGCGUACCUGAAGGAGCACAAUAUCAAAACGUACCUAAUCGUCCCUGGGGACACGUGCAGGGGUAACAUACCCUCUUCAGGAUUGAGAAAGGGUUUGCCAGCGAAUGGGAACGUGUCGAAAGAGAUGAGGGUGAUGGGGCACGGGUCUCAACACGGGAAACAAAACAAAUUAGGCUUUGGAGAGACGACAGAGGCGAAAAAAGACCCCGAAGACGAGGUGAACGAGUAUCUGAUGAGGGCGAUCGAUGCCAGGAGUAUAGAUCAAUUAAGAACACAAUAUUGCACCCCUUUCAUCCUAACUUUUCGUAGCCCCGACGUUGAGGAGAAGUAUUCACGUGAAAGGGAUAGAAUGCUGUCAGCAUAUUUCGUCUGUUCCGGUUUCGUGUACAUGGUGGUCGUGAUUGCUAUAGCAAUCACUCUGUAUGGAAAUUACUCUUUUAGGAGUGGAUAUUUUUACACGUGUGUAACUGUGAGCAUAUUGGUGAUUGCGAUAAUCAAUGGCAUUCUACUAGCAGAAAAGAACAAGACAGUGCCACAAUGUCUUCGAGAUUUUGCGGUGCACGUAUUCGAGAAUCGUGGAAUGGCACAAGCUCUGGCCACGUGUGUCGUGUUUCUAACUUUCGUCACAGCAUUGUCGCCACUGCUCACAUUGGAAGGUGGCCGUGUAUGCGGAAACAGCACUUCUUUCUUCACCGAUAAUUCCAGCGUCACUUUCCAAAGUAUUGACACGCCCGUCAAUGUUUGCUAUUACACCGUUUUCGCUGACCUCUUCCCAGUACUGGUGAUGCUAGUCAUGAUAACCUGCGCAGUCUAUCAGAUUUUAACGUCGGUAUUCAAAGUGGCUAUACUAAGCCUAGUAGUCGCUUGCUACUUAGCUAUCAGCAUCUACGAAGCCGUAAACGAGAGAGACGUGGAAUUGACUGGAAGGUGGCUGGCAGGAGUUCUGGUAGUUUUCUUUAUGACUUGCUUGAUUGCCCAUUCCCAACACACAGAAGCCACUUACAGACUGGACUUUUUAUGGAAACUCCAAGCUACAGAGGAGAAAGAGGAAAUGGAGCAUUUGAAGGCCUAUAAUCAAAAACUGCUGGCAAACAUACUUCCAGAGCAUGUAGCAGCCCACUUCCUGUCUACGGUUAAUUCAGAUGAGCUGUACCACGAACAGUGCGACUUCGUUUGCAUAAUGUUCGCCUCGAUACCGAACUUUUCCGAGUUCUACGUGGAAUUGGAGGCGAACAACGAGGGUGUCGAGUGUCUCAGACUGUUGAACGAGAUCAUAGCCGAUUUUGACGAGUUGCUCGCCGAGGAGCCGUACAAAUACAUCGAGAAGAUCAAGAGCACGGGGGCCACGUACAUGGCUGCAUCUGGAUUGACGAAAAGCACCUGCGACAUGAAAGAUUACAAACACGUGACCGCGAUGGCCGACUACGCUCUGAGGAUACGCGAACAGCUGGCUUCCGUUAAUGAGCACAGCUUUAACAACUUCCGGUUGCGUGUGGGCAUCAAUAUUGGACCGGUGGUUGCCGGAGUGAUAGGCGCCCGAAAGCCGCAAUACGAUAUUUGGGGUAACGCGGUGAACGUGGCCUCGAGGAUGGAGUCUACGGGCGUGUUGGACGGAAUUCAGGUCACCCAGGAGGUUCGAGACAUCCUGAUCGCGAAAGGAUAUCCGCUCACUUGCCGCGGCACCAUCCAAGUGAAAGGAAAAGGUAGCAUGGUCACCUAUUUCCUCGACGGUCCUCGCGAUCCAAUCAGGGCGAGCACCCGCAACGACAUCAGCGAGGAGAGGAUAAGCUCUGUCGAUAAUUUCAAUCUGGAUGGGUCGGCAAUGUCGUCGAAGAAGACUUGAUCGAUAACUGGGCUGCCAACGUUGCCGUGAAACAAUCCUUCGAGAUGAGAAGAAGAUCGAGAGAAAAUUGUAAUUAAUUUUGAAGAGCGCCUAGAUCAUCUCUGUUCUCAAGGAAGAAAACGAAGAGGAAGAUUUAAAGAUGCGAACGGUUAUUUUUCGCUAGUAGACAUUAUUCAAAAUAGUUUGGAGGAUUUUCUCAAAUGUAUUUUGUACCUUCGAAUUUUUGACAACUAGUUUCGUUGAUAUAUUAUGUUUUCAUUGACACGUUCAAAUCGGUGGAAAUAAUGUAUUAUUAGAAUAAUCGUAUACGUUCAAAUGUUCAUACGUGGAAAUAUAUUUUGAGGAACGAUUCUAGAGAUCAAAGUACAAAAAUUGGUAUACAAUAAUAUCAAUUGAGGCUUAUUCGUUAAAUUAAAAGCAAUUGAAGUUUGCGUUAAAUGAAGCGAGAUACUUUUAUCUUCGUCACAUCAUAGUUAUAUUUCUAUUUCGCUUCAUCCAGCGCAAUUUUAAUUCCUUUAAUUUAGAUAAAUUAGUCUCGACAUUUUCGUAUAUCAAUUUUUGUUUUUUAUAAUCUAAAAUCGAUUCUCCAAAAGUAUUUCACGAAUGUAUUAACACUUUGUAUAAAUUUGUCAGAUAUUUAUGUUUGUUUUUUUUUUAUUGAUAAAUAUUUUGAAAGGGAUACACGAAAUGCAAUCAAUUUAAGAAAAAGAAUGUCAACGAAAUUGGUUGUCCGUGAUUCAAAGGCAAUUUGAUUCGGAAAAUCUGAUUUAUGCGUGGAAGAGAGAAAUAUUUCGGCUGUUUCUUUCUUUGUCUCACGACCGCCGACUGCCGUCCUUAAUGCGGUUCAAUCGAUCUCCAAAACUCGUCGAUUAGUCGUAAGUUAGACACGCAAACGGAAAAUCGUGUAAACUCGAAUCUUUCCGUAUCUCUCCCUAUUUUAUUUAGGGAAAAAAUGACUUGUACUUAAGUCGUAUCUCGCUAUUCUAUGUGUGAUUAGAUGUUUCGAUUCUAUUCCGGGGAAUAAUCUUUCAAAGCUGACAGCAAGACUAAUUUGCCAAUAUUUAUAAACUAUUUCAACCAUUUUAAUUGGGUUUCAUAAUGAGAAUUUGUGAAUAACAAUUUUAAAUACGAAUAAAAAAAAAAAAUAAAAAAGAAUGUCAAUUGAGAAUCAUAUUAAAUUAUAUAUAUAAAUUAUAUAAAAAUAAGUCUGUAUAAAUAUAAUUUCCAAAUUCAAAAAUUCGAAUUUUUGAAAUUUUUAUGAAAAAAAUGUGACAAUCGUAAAAUAGAUAUAAUAUUGAAAUGAAUUAACAUGAAAUUGAUUGACAGUCUGGCUGUUGGCUUAUGCACAUUCUUCUAGUCAAUAACGAGAGAUUAUAAUAAUUGAGAAGCUCGAUACAACGAAACCGUGGUUGAAUUUUUAAUAUAGAAAUUUCGUUCGAAAAACGAAACGGGACCACGGCAAGUCUAUAGGAAUUAAAGGCAAAAAGGAGACGCGAGAAACUAUUUAGGAAGGAAAAGAGAAAAAAAGACUCGCUAUUUUUACAUUUCUCUUUUUUUAAUCCUGUUUCGUCGACGAAAUGCGUCGAUUAAUGAGUUUUUUAAUCACAUGUAAGAAAAGA